AUGGCAUCUAAGGAUAUAGAAACUCACCGAGCUGGUGCUGAAGUAUACCAUGGCGCAACGCUUUGCAAGCAAAAAGCGCAAGAGCUCCUCGAGAAGUUCCGACUACCCAAAACGUUGAUGCCUUGUAACAAUUUAGUUGAGUUCGGGUUUAACCCGAUCACGGGUUUUACGUGGCUGAAACAACAACAGACCACCAAGUAUAGGUUGAAGGACAUUGGAAUAAGCUCGUUCGCAUCCGAGAUGACGGGCUUCCUUGAGGAUGGUCGGAUGCGGAAGUUUACGGGCAUCAAAAGCAAAGAGAUGAUGAUUUGGGUUCCUCUUUCUGAUAUUGCAAUUGAUCGAUCUGAUCUUAACAAAAUCAUCUUUACCGCUUUAAUGGGAUUGUCAAAGAGUUAUCCUUUAACUGCAUUCGAAAUCGAACCAGAAGAUGCUAGAAGUGAUGGGACCAUCGGCGCACCACAUGGCACAGCGGAAACAAAACUCGACGAUCUCACCAGCGAUCCAAAUACGAAAAACCGAAACCGGGAGGAAGAGAUACGAAUACUUACAGUGGGUUCCUUGAAAACAGCAAGAACAAUAGUGAAUACGAUGGUGUAG